UGUCUGCUGUGUCAGUUAUAACCGGGCCUCGAAUCCAAUACUCCGGUAUCAUUUUCUCACCCCCCCGAAAGAUAUUGCCAGCGCACGGUGCGGGGAACCCGUCAAAUUCAUCCCAUCUGGACUUCGGCACGAGGAUUGAAGCCAGCUCCGACAGAAUCGACCAAAAUGCCUCUCGACACAUCUACAACGUACCCCCUCACUAAGCUGCGCCUUGAUGGCCGCCGCUGGAACGAGCUGCGACUCCUCCAGGGCCAGAUCUCCACGAACCCCGCCAGUUCGGGCUCCUCUUACCUGGCCAUGGGAAAUACCGCCAUCCUGUGCUCGGUUCAUGGUCCCGCCGAGGGACGUCGCGGCGAUGCCAGCGGUGGUGCUGCUGGUUCCGCAGGUGCAGUCGUGGAGGUAGAUGUCAACGUUGCAGGGUUCGCUGGGGUGGAUCGCAAGCGCAGAGCCGGCGGAAGUGAUAAACAAUCCACGCGCAUUGCUUCCAUACUACGCUCCGCUUUCCAGUCGCAUCUUCACACACACCUCUACCCGCACAGUACGAUCAGCAUCCACGUCUCGGUUUUGUCGGCAGAUGGAUCGCUUCUUGCCGCGGCGGUCAAUGCCUGUACGCUGGCGCUUGUGGAUGCCGGUAUCCCAAUGCCCGGGCUGCUUUGUGGGUGCACAGCCGGAAUGAGUGGGAGUGCGUCAACGCCGCGGGAUCCGAAUAACGAUUUCCUGGAUCCGCUGUUGGACCUGUCUCUGCCGGAGGAGCAGGAGCUCCCAUUCCUUACAGUGGGGACUACGACGGCUGUGCCGGUGGGAGAGGCGGCUAUGUUGAACGAUGAUGAGGAUGAAAUGAAGGUUGCAAUGUUGACAAUGGACUCGAAGGUGCAUUGCACGUAUGUUGAGACAAUGUUGGCGGUGGGAAUUGACGGGUGCAAGCAGAUCCGGGAGAUCUUGGAAGGAGUGAUCAAGAAGUCAGCCCAUCGGUGAAGAUUUGUUCUUGGUCAAUCGUUUUGUAUCUGUUUAUUGUGCUCUGGAGCAUGGUGGAGAGCUUUUGUUUAUACCCUGUGAAUGCCAUAGGAGGUGUUGGGCGUGGGAAGGCUUGAUAAUUUCAAUUGCAAGUGAUGGUGUUUCACUCUACACUAAGAUCUGAUUGUUUAUGAUAAGGAUCUCGCUACACGGCUGUAGCCGACGAUACCAUUGGAGGGCUGCCAUGCAGUGAAGACUGUGAAGGAUCGAUCAUACAGACUAUCUCGC